CACACCACCGCCACCGACUCAAUUCACCGCUCAUCGACCCAAAAUCGCGUGACGAACCAAACAACCUUCGGAGCCUUCUAGCCUUAAUCGCAAACUUCAGCAAACACGAGCUCUCAAAACCCAAGCUUUCAAACCUACCUCCCACCUCCCACCUCCCACCUCAACCUUACGCGCUCGCAAACUCUCCACGAUGGCGGACGAGCUUCCAAAACACCCACCCCAGGUGGCCAUCCCCAUGGACGACAAGCGCAUCUGGAUCGAUGGCUGCUUCGACUUUACGCACCACGGCCACGCUGGCGCCAUGCUGCAAGCCAAGCGUCUCGGAAACUACCUAUGCGUGGGCACGCACAGCGACGAGGAGAUCCUAGCGAACAAGGGGCCGACGGUGAUGUCGCUGGCGGAGCGGAUCCUGGCGGUCUCCGCGUGCCGCUGGGCGAACCUUCCUGUGCCGGGCGCGCCCUACGUCACCGACCCCGCGUGGAUGGAUCUGUACGGGUGUCGCUUCGUAGUGCACGGCGACGACGUGACGACCGACGCGUCGGGCGAGGACUGCUACCGCAUCGUCAAGAGCGCGGGGCGCUUCCGGAUCGUGAAACGGACGCCUGGCAUCAGCACUACCGAUCUCGUCGGCCGCAUGCUGCUAUGCACCAAGACGCACCACAUUAAGGACUUGGGCGCGCUGCUGCUCGGCAAGGACGGCGAGGACAUGCUCGAGAUGAUGCGCAACUACGCGAGCGAUGAGUUUGGCGCCGUGGGCCGUGGUCCCCCCGUGUUGGAGUACAUGCCGACGGCGCCGCGCAGCUGCCGGACACUCGUGCACGGCCUGAUGCCCGCCAUGGGCCGCAGGAUCAUCUACGUCGACGGCGGCUUCGACCUCUUCACUCCCGGGCACAUCGAGUUCCUGCGCCUGGUCAAGAAGGAGGCGACGGCGGCCGGCGAGAGCGAACCGUACAUCGUUGCCGGGCUGCACAGCGACCGCGUUAUCAACUACUGGAAGGGGCUUAAUUAUCCCAUCAUGUCGUUGUUUGAGCGGGCGAUGUGUGUGCUGCAGUGCCGCUUCAUCGACGCCCUCGUGCUCGAGGCGCCGUUCAUUCCCGACGCCGAGUUCCUGGACGCCAUCGGCGAGACGUUCGGCGGCGAGCUCGAGGCGGUCUACCACGGCCCCACCGCCUUUAUGGAGGGCGAGGAGGACACCUACCAGGAGGCCAAGGAGCGCGGCAUCUACCGAGAAGUCGGCUCUCACCGCUGGGCAGACGUCAACGCGGGUGUCAUUGUCCGACGGAUCCUGAACGAGCGCGAACGCUACGAGGAGCGCCAACGGAAGAAGGGCUUCAAGGCGGAAAUGGAGGUCGUCAUGACAAACUAGACGGACGGCGGCAUAGCGAUACCACAUUCACUUCUCUGUAGCGCUUCUUCUUCUCGUAUCAUAUCGGGUUUAAUCUCAACAUAGACAUCCCCCCUUGGAGCGUAUUCAACCUGCCCCCGCCUGCUAUUUCUCU